CAUUAUCAAAUUUUUCAAAUCGAUGCAAAUUCAACAAAUUGCAUUCUUGAAAAAAAUUACCAUAGUCCAUUGACCAUUACUAUUAAAUUUAAGUACAUAAGUUCUAGUUGAACGUGAAACGUGACAUCAUACAAUCAAAUCCUUUAUUCUCGUCAAGCUAAAAAGGUGUAAAUUUAUAAAUUCUUAAAAAUGGGAAACGAAAACUCAAUCCCUAUGGAACUAUGUUCAAAUUCUCGUGUUAACUGCAUUGAUUUUAAGGUGGAAAACUUCGAUGCGGACGAGAUCCGGCGUCUGGGCAAGCGGUUUCGUAAGCUGGAUUUGGACAACUCGGGCGCCUUGUCCAUCGACGAGUUCAUGUCGCUGCCUGAGCUGCAGCAGAACCCCUUGGUACAGCGCGUUAUCGCUAUUUUCGACGCCGAUGGUAACGGAGAGGUGGACUUCAAAGAGUUCAUCCAAGGAGUAUCGCAGUUCAGCGUCAAGGGAGACAAGCUCUCGAAGUUGCGCUUCGCUUUUCGUAUCUACGACAUGGACAACGACGGCUUCAUCUCCAACGGCGAGCUCUUUCAGGUGCUGAAGAUGAUGGUGGGCAACAAUCUGAAGGACACGCAGCUGCAGCAGAUCGUGGACAAGACGAUUCUCUUCGCGGACAAGGACGAAGACGGCAAGAUCUCGUUCGAGGAGUUCUGCUCCGUGGUCGGCAACACUGACAUUCACAAAAAGAUGGUGGUCGACGUCUAGACGCCUCUCGCCGCGCCUUAGCUUCAUAUAUUUGUUCUCUUUCAUUUGAAAUACUCUCACUCUGAGGCUAUCGCGGAGAAAAGAAGUACCAGAUCCAAAGUAGAUUCAUGAGUAUUGUGGCCUGGUACGUCUGUAGAGGCGCGACGUCGUCUCAUUACAUAGAGAUGUAGAUUAAGUACAUAUUUAUCUCGUCCUCAAAUCUCUAUCGCUCUAGUUAGACACUUCUUCGAUCGCGGUCCUCGCGCGCAUCGCGUUAUUUGUUCGGACGACUCGUAUUAUGAUCUGAAACACUGAAGGGGUUGCAGAAAAAAUUGCACCGAAGCAAUGCAUUUAAGUACAAAGCGGCGAGCGAGGACCCGCACGCAAACUAUCACUAAAUAUAAGACAUACAUACAUACAUACAUAUUUACUUUACACUAGUUACUGUAGUCAAAUCAUGAUAUGUUUAUAUUUUGUUGUGGUAAUUAUAUUGUUAUUUAGUGUUUUAUAUUCAUUUAGGUGUCGGUCGAAUUAGGUAACGGCCAGCCGGAGCUCACGUCUCAGUUUAUCGAUUCGCUUUAUAUGUUCCAGAUCCUGAAUUGUAUCAAAUGAACACGUCUCCUAUCAGUCCCGAGUUUCCUCAAGCGUAGAUGCGGCCUUUGGGAAACUGCCCCAAGGCUGCACUCGGCUUAGAGUGAGGUGUCACUAGAGCUUUCGGGGUCUUUCAUCACAAAACUGCUAACUUAUAGAUUACCUGCGAGUAAUAACUAUUACUAUCGAAAUGUAGAAAGAAUAUGAAUCCCAUCCGAGACCUUAAACCUGACAUUUAUCCUGUAAGCUCUAACGACACAUCACUACCCUUUUAUACUGUUAAUUAAGAUUUUUGUAUUUUCUCUGAACCAUUUGUAUAAUAACGUUUUAAAGUACUUAAUUAUAACAAUAAGUUAAGCCACUCGCUGGACAGUGGACACGUUGUAAAGCUUAUUGUUUGAUUUCAAUACUAGGUUUUUAUUAACACGUCUCAAUGAAGAUGUAUUCAAUCGGCACAAUUUGGUAAACUGCACUACAUUUUAAAAUACACACGUAAUCUCUAGUCAUUUAACAGCUACUAUUCCUUCAUUCUUUAUAUACAUUAAUUACGGCUGUUGCUUGGCAAUUAUAACUUCGAUCAAUAUGAUAAAUAGCUUUCAGAAAAUUCAAAAAUCUAAAGAAAGAUACCAAAUUGGAUUGACAACAAAUAAAUGUUGUAAUAUAAUGUAUAAAACUAUGCAAUGUGCCUUUAUAUUGGUGUGCUGUUACACUAAGCAAUAUUAACAUGGCAUUGAAUAAGAUCUGCACUCGCUGCCUCAUCCUUCUUUAUACUUCUAUCUAAUGUGUAUUGUGUCCGUGUGUGUGAAGUAUAUCUUGUAAAUAAGGCAUUGUCUCUGCACUUCCUUGAUGUGAGUAACAGCUUAGCAUAAAACAGUGUUUGAUUAUUAUAGAAAAACAAGAUUAGAGCUCUUUCCAUAUUAUAACAUUAACAAAAAAAUGUAAUGAAGUCCCAGUCUUACUUUCAAGUUAUCAAGAGACAAUGCAUAAUAUAUAUAUAUAAUUAAUUGAGUAAUUAGUACAAAUAAUAUUUUGUCUUCUCAUGUUAGAUAGCGUGUCCUAAGUCUGUUCUUAACUAGAACUGAUUAUAAGUUUUAUUAAAUUUUCAAAUUUCA